GCAACAUCUUCCACUUCCAAGCACCACAUCACCCCACACUCUUUUAACCAACCCACACUCGUUUAACCACCACUUUCAAAAUGAAGUACGCUGGGAUUCCCCUCUUCGCCGUCGGCGCACUCGCCCUCAACAUCAAGCGCCAGGAGGCUUGUGGCACGACCCUUGAUGUCUGCGAUGAUGGCCAGGCUCCGGCCUGCUGUCCGGGAUUCACUUGCACGCCCGUCGAGUCCCUCGGAAUCAGCCAGUGUGUAGCCGCUGCCCCCGACGUCUCAUCCACCACCACGACUGAGUCCUCCACCGCGACUGAUUCGGCCACCACCACCGCUGCCGAUUCCAGCUCCACGGAUUCGGCCACCACCACCGCUGCCGAUUCCAGCUCCACGGAUUCUGCCACCACCACCGCGACUGAUUCCAGCUCCACCGAUUCGGCUACCACGACCGCGACUGACUCGUCCACAACCACCGACACUGCCGUCAUUGACCCCAACACCACCAACACGGACUCGACGACCGUCAGCGACAGCACCACCUUUGAGGAGACCGUCAUUUCAUCCACGACCACUCUUGUCGAGAUCGACCCAACCAACACCGACCUCCCAAUCUACAACACCGGCGCCCCAGUCUACAAUACCGGCGCCUCAGCCCACAACACCGGCGCCCCAGCCUACAACACCGGCGCCCCAGUCUACAACACCGGCGCCCCAGUCUACAAUACCGGCUCCGCAGUGUUCCCCAGCGACCACCCUACUUCCUACCCGGCCAAGGAUACCACCUACCUCACAAGCUACAGCACGUACUGCCCAUACGAGACUACAGUGAUCUACGGAGGCAAGCCCCACGCCACUACGGUGACCGGAUACAGCACCGUCACUGUCACUGUCUACCCGACCAAGUCCGUCGGCACUGAUGUGCUUACAUACUACCCGGCUGAGACGACUGUCAUCGUCGACAACAAGCCUGUCCCCACAACAUAUGUGACGUACUCGACGAUCGUCGUCAAGCCGACCCAGGCUGCGAUUGUCAAGACCGCCUGCCCCUACGUCCCAGCUCCAUCUGCAGACUCUGGUGUCAACAAGCCAGGCCAAUAUGCCAACAACGGAGCCAACAAUGGAGCCAACAAUGGAGCCAACAAUGGAGCCAACAACGGAGCCAACAACGGAGCCAGCAAUGGAGCAAGCAAUGGAGCCAGCAAUGGAGCCAGCAACGGAGCCAACAACGGACCCAGCAAGGGAGCCAGCAAUGGAGCCGGCAACGGUGCUGACAAGCCCGCUGAUUACAACAACGGUGCCAAGGGCGACAAUGGUGCUGACAGCGGCGCCAACAAGCCAGCUGAGUACAAGCCAGUGCCAGUGCAACAGAUCAGUGACGGUCAGAUCCAAAACCCAGCCGGUGCAGCCAGCCCAGCCAGCCCAGCAGCUUACCCCGCGCCGGCCAAGAACGGCACUGCCAGCAGUGGCUCCAACAACGGAGGCUCCAACAACGGAGGCUCCAAGUCCCCUGUUGCUCCUCAGGCUUACACCGGCGCUGCGAGCUCCGUCCAGGUCGGCUUCGGUGCCAUCAUCAUGGGCGCCAUUGCUCUCGCUGCCUUGUAGGGAAUUGUGCUCUGAGCAGGAUGGAUCCCUUUGAAGAGUAAUGAUGUACAUAUGGGAUGAUGGUGUUGAUACCCUGGGGGAAAGGAUGGCUUGCAUGAUUUCGAAUGCCGGAAAUUAAGGGCGUGUCCGGUAGAUGAGUGGAGUGGAUUGAACGCUCGGACGAUUUGCUCGGUAAGUCAGAUAUCGCUUUAAUUAGCUAUGUUGUCCAGUAUGUUGUAAGUGGAGUAAGUGUUGAUCUAGUGUAAUUAAAUACAAGGUUCGCAAGUGCCAACCGGCGAUGCU